GAGGUGAGACCGGGCAUGGACACAGGGAGCAGUCACGCUUCUCGGUUCAAAGGAGUUCCUGGGCGACGCCAUCGAAUGAAAAUUCCACAAGAGGCUGCUAACAAAAUGAAUGCGGCGGAUACAGAAGGCACAGAUUAUGAUAAUCAAGAGGAGCUGGAGGAGAAGACAAGGCUAAUAAACCAGGUUCUGGAACUGCAGCAUACACUCGAAGAUCUAUCAGCCAGAGUUGAUGCUGUGAAAGAGGAGAACCUGAAACUCAAAUCUGAGAACCAAGUACUUGGCCAGUACAUUGAAAACCUUAUGUCAGCCUCCAGCGUCUUUCAAACCACAGACUCAAAGAACAAGAGAAAGUAAGGAGCUCAUGCCACUGAUACCAGUCAGCUUUAUAUCUCGACAGGUGUAGUGGGUUAUCUGCAUGUUGUGUUUAUCUGUGUGAAAACUUAAUUUGACCCUUUCACCUCAAGAUCCAGGACUGUUAGAAUUUUCUUCCUAAUUUACAAACAGAAUCAAAGAUCUGAAUAACAGGAUAGAACCUAAUAACUGCAAGUUGAUCAGAAUUGAUUUACAAAACGCUUUCAAAACAUUAGCAACUGGAAAUAAGAUUUAUAAACUCAUUUAAAAAAAUGUUCUGAAUUGAAAAAUUGAACCAAAGGCAUUUGUACAGCCAAGAACUUCUGGUGACCAGGUCGGUGUACGACACGGAAUAUUCCAUGGCCCACACACACCGCAUAUACUAGUCCCUAAUAGCUGAUGUGAAACGAGGAACAAUUGAAACAAAUAAGGUGAAAGGGUCAGAUCGCCAGAUUAUUGCAUUCAUUCAGUCCAUUUGCCACAAAUGACAAAUCAGUUUCAAUAAAAAGUGUCCUUUUUAUUUUCCAGACCAACCAAAAGCUCCAAGAAGACAGACAAAUAAUAAUAAUAGUAAAGGGUACUGGGAGUCACGACUGUCCAGUAUUAGGAGUGUAAACCGUUAGAAUCCAUAGCUUAUUGUCUCAAGUCAGCUUGCGCAUUUUUUUUGUAUUUAGUCUAUUUAAUUAUGUAAUAAUAAACCCUAAUGCUGAUAUUA